AUUCCACGUGUUAUUUGUUCAGAACCUUGUCCUAUCGGAACAAGAAAGGUCAGCAGGAAAGGUCAACCAAUAUGUUGUUUUGACUGCGCAGAGUGCGCCGACGGUGAGAUCGGCAACAUCACAGAUUCCACCGAUUGUAUGAAGUGCCCUUUGGAUUACUGGUCCAAUCAGCAAAAAGAUCGAUGUAUUCCCAAAAAGAUUCAAUUUCUUUCAUUCCAAGAGGUUCUGGGCUUCGUCUUAGUGGCACUUGCUUCCGUGGGCGUAUGUCUUGCACUAGGUACAGCUGCUGUGUUCUUCCGGUAUCGGGAAACUCCUAUCGUUCGAGCGAACAAUUCGGAGCUGAGCUUCCUCCUUCUCUUUGCGCUGACGCUUUGCUUCCUGUGCUCACUCACCUUCAUUGGGAAACCGACCGGAUGGUCCUGCAUGUUGAGGCGGACGGCGUUUGGAAUUGUAUUUGUUCUCUGUAUUUCCUGUAUUUUGGGGAAAACCGUUCUUGUCGUGAUUGCUUUUAAAGCAACUCUUCCCAAAAACAACUUGAUGAGCUGGUUUGGUCCGAAGCAGCAACGGUUAGGAGUGUUCGGCCUCACAUUUCUUCAAGGUUUAAUUUGCACUAUCUGGCUCAUUGUAUCACCUCCAUAUCCAGUAAAAAACAUGACCUAUUACAGAGACAUUAUAAUUUUAGAAUGUGAUGUGGGCUCUUUAAAAGCCUUUUAUUUUGUGUCCAGCUAUAUUGGCUUUCUGUCCACUGUUUGCUUCCUGCUAGCUUUUCUUUCCCGGAAACUUCCAGAUAAUUUUAACGAUGCGAAGUAUAUCGCUUUCAGUAUGCUGAUUUUCUGCGCUGUUUGGAUCACUUUUAUUCCGGCUUAUGUCAGCUCACCUGGAAAGUACACGGUGGCUGUAGAAGUGUUUGCUAUUUGGGCGUCAAGCUUUGGUUUGCUUGUCUGUAUUUUUGCUCCGAAAUGUUAUAUUAUCUUACUGAAACCGGAGAAUAACACAAAGAAAAACGUGAUGGGCAAAGGGUCUUCACUGUAG